AUGGUUAGACUGUUUCUGAUCGCAAUUGCAAGUAUGAUCUUCCUGUGGAUCGCACAAUGGUUGUUUUGGGCCGGGUUUAUUGGCCUUAGCAUGGAAGAAUUUUGUCCUCCUAAACUUGGGGUCCUUACGGUCAUCUGGAUGAUCUUCUCGUUGGCUAUUGCUGCUGUAGCAGUACUUCCAUGA